GUCCAUAGUGCAUGUGUGAAGCUUUCAUGGGGAACCCUGGUGCAUCUCAUCAUUCUAUUACCCUACAAUCCUUAACUGUCUUCUCCCUCGUUGCAGUUUUUGCAGCAGAUCAUGUCCAGGGAGGAGAUUAUGGGUGCUCACCUUUCUCCUGUGGGCAUCUUCAAGACAUAUUGCCUCCUUUCCGUCGGCGAGGUGAUCCUCUUGAGUGCGGUGUUGAAGCAUACGAGCUGGGUUGUACCAGUAGCAAGGCUACAAUUCACAUCAACACAGGAACAUACUAUGUGACUGCCAUCAACUACACCGGUUACUACUUCUGGGUCAUGGAUCCCAACUUCAAUACCCGUAGCACCUGCCCUCUUCCACCGUGGAAUCAUGUUCCUUACGUUGGAGACUAUGGAAUUGGUUCAAUUUCACCACCUGGCUUUUGGUAUUUGGCCACUCAAAGCUACUACAGAGCAUGUUUUACUAAUUGUUCCCGAGCAGUAACGAAUAAUAGUGCGUACAAGCCGGUUGCUUGCCUGAGUGCCAGCAAUUCACAUGUUUAUGUCUGGGUGUCUGAGUACAUGUCUUGUAUGGUUGAAGAUCUUGAACCUUACUGUGGAUACUUGGGCACGAUUCCAUUUGCGGACAAUAAUUAUUCUGAUUGGCUACAGCUACGGACUGCAAGUUAUGCAGAUAUGACACAAUUCAUAAGUAAAGGGUUUACUGUACGAUUUCCUGUGGAUACCAAUGCCGGGAAGGCUUCUGUCUCUAGGACCAUCAAUUUAUGCCGCAACAAUACAAUCAGCUACUUCAAGGAGCAAAUAUCUGAUGCAAGCAUCGUGAGUUGGACUCAUGCUUUCUUCUGGAGUGAGAUGCACUUCUAUCAAUGUGUGGCUUAUAAAUCACUCAAUCCCUACUAUACAACACAAUCAAUUUUGGUUGUUAUAGCCAUAUUAUCUGCUAUUGCUAUCACCAAGUUCCAUUUUGUACUAUGCAGGUUAUUGUUGGCGCCCCUAGCUGUAUGGAUAUUCGUAGCCUACAAGUACUGGAAAACAAGGAUCAUAAUUGAUGCAGUUGAGAAGUUCCUCAGGAUUCAACAAAUGAUUGGCCCGACAAGGUACGCCUACGCAGACAUCGUUGCAGUCACAAGCCAUUUCAGAGAUAAAUUGGGCCAAGGGGGCUACGGCUCCGUGUACAAGGGUGUGCUACUUCCAGGGGAUGUUCAUGUCGCCGUGAAGAUGCUAGAGGGCAACUCAAACUGCAAUGGAGAUGAUUUUAUCAGCGAGGUCUCCACCAUCGGCAGGAUCCACCACGUCAACAUUGUGCGUUUGGUGGGAUUUUGCUCGGAGGAAAUGAGAAGGGCCUUAGUCUACGAGUAUAUGCCCCAUGGUUCUCUGGACAAGUACAUCUUCUCUGCUGAGAAGAGCUUCUCAUGGGACAAGCUCAACGAGAUCGCUCUGGGCAUUGCUAGGGGGAUCAACUAUCUACACCAGGGGUGCGACAUGCAGAUUCUACACUUUGAUAUCAAGCCGCACAACAUCCUUCUCGACAGCAAUUUCGUCCCGAAGGUCGCCGAUUUCGGGCUCGCCAAACUGUACCCGAGGGGCGACAGUUUCGUGCCUUUGAGCGCCAUGAGGGGAACCGUCGGCUACAUAGCCCCUGAGAUGAUAUCCCGGAGCUUUGGUGUCAUAUCCAGCAAAUCUGACGUGUACAGCUUUGGGAUGCUGCUGCUGGAGAUGGCCGGCGGGAGAAGGAAUGCUGAUCCAAACAUGGGGUCCUCAAGCCAGGCGUACUACCCAUCAUGGGUGUACGACCAGCUGACUCAGGAAGAAGCGGGCGAGAUAUCUCCAGUUGCUGCCGACAUGCACGAGCUAGAGAAGAAGUUGUGUGUUGUCGGACUAUGGUGUAUUCAGAUGAGGUCUCGUGAUCGGCCAACGAUGAGCGAGGUUAUUGAGAUUCUGGAGGCUGGGGCUGAUGGCCUGCAGAUGCCUUCGAGGCCGUUUUUCUGUGACGAAGGGCACAUCCAUGUGGAGGACUCUUACCAGUUCACUUCUGAGCUGAGGGCGGUCUCAGAGGAAGACUUGACCGCGGUGUCAGAGGAAGAUGAUGUGUGAUGUAUAUAUAUACGAUGUGUGCUGCAAUAAAUUAUGUAUUUAUAUGUAUGUAUCAUGGAGUGAUGCACUUAUCUGUAAAAGUUAUGGUUGUAACAGUACGAACCCAGUAUAAAUGCUUUGUACAAACUGCCUUGCUUGCUGUGCAGAGGAACCUCA